AUGAAAAUGCGACGCAGGCUCGCCGACUUGUACGCGGUGUACUCGUCUCAACAUCCCGUGCACUGGCAGAUGGCAGACUCGCUACAGAUUCAAAGAACACUUUGCCUCAAACAGACUUCAUUCCACGACCUCGAAAUCGUUGCGCCCGCCGUGUUGUCGCCGCCACACUCCAGGCGUUCGUCGGAAAAUCUCGUCAAUGGCCAACAAGCGUCACUAGGGGAAUGCACGGAAGAGUUGACGAAGCGCUUUCUUGCCGCUCUCGAGGUCGACGACCCGAUGCUAGACAUCUCACGCCUGGCUGGCUGGAUGACGCACAUACCAGAGCGCCUCGGCGCCAAUGAGUUGCUUGACAAGGCAGCAUCGGCGUUCCUAGAUGCAUUUGACUGUCUGCAGAGCGACACACAGUUUAGAGCGGCAUCGCCGGCGUACACGGUUGCUAUGGAAUGCUUGGAACCGGCGCUGAAGGACCAGAACCAGAUCAAGUCUCCUAAUCCACUGGCUGCCAUCUUUAUGCUCAGCAUGACCCAGGCAAUGGAAGAAUAUUGGGGCGACACGUUUGCACAGUCAGUGCGCCUGAACGCAAUCCGAAUUGUCUGCGUCGAGUCCAUCAUCAACCCCUCGCUCGCCCUCGACAGCCGCUGCCUUCAAAGUAUCAGGUACGAAGCUGCGCCGUACCCACCACUCGACGACGAAGACGGACAGGCUAUAGAGAGUCUCGAUAUACCGUUUCUCCUACGGUUGUCGCAUCUUCUCCGCGCGCCCGACGAGCACCGAGAGGAGAUCCGGAAUAGCUAUGCUCGGCUCAAGGUGGAGUGGCCGUUCACGAGCAGACGCUAUCGAUAUAUCGCCGGUAUUGGGAAAAUUACAGGCAUAGACAGGUCGUGCCUCGUCCAGCCAGAAGCGCAGCUCGGGAUCGCCCACACCGUGGUACUGGCCGCCGCCCUGGUCCUCAACGCCUGCCUGCUAGCCAUGGACCCUGGCAAUGUCGGUCUUGAACGAGAAGCGCUGGAAGUCGGGCACGAAGCUGUAGAGACGUCGCAGAAGCUGCUGCAGGGUCUCCCCAAGGGCGUGUGGUUCGCCCCCGUCGGCCUUUUCGCGUCGUGGAUAGCAACGGACGACCCGGACAUUACGUGUAGCUUCUUCUCCAUCAUCAAGGAGUGUAAUCAGUACUGGGCCGAGCCGACCUACAUGGAGCUAGCAAAGACGCUGAAGAAACGGAUUCUGCAGCUUCGAGCCAACGCAGUAAUGGAGCAGAGUCCUCGAGGGUUUCGGGACUUCGUUGCCCUCAAACUGCAGUGCAGUGCAGAGAUGAUCUGCCAGAUUCUCGACCGCGGAGCAGACCUCGACACGAUUGUUCUUAUGUGGCAGGAGACAUAUGAUGUUUAUCUCAUGCCAGAGCCACACCCCGAAACGGAGAUUCCGCUCACACCGCUAGAGUGGGCAAUUGAACACCAAAGAAUGGAUCUUGUGGACCUGUUUCUCGAACGAGGCGCUGAUAUCAACUUCGCCGGCUAUCCCCAGCACGGCCCUCCUCUGGUCACGGCCGUGUUGCGUCGGAACCUCGCUCUCGUGCGCCGGCUGGCCGGUAAGACGGAAAGAUGUGCAGCUACCAGGGCCUUGUGUCUCGCCGUGGAGCAGGAGGAUCGUCUGAUGGUCGACGCCCUCCUCGCCAGCUCUGUAAGGUGUGAGUAUGAGGACCCCAAGUGGCCGCAGCGACGGGAGUACUAUGGCGGCAUCUUCGGCCCCGAUGCUCGGCUGAAUAAAGACUCUCACUUUACACCACCUCUCGCACGCGCCGUGCGUCUUGGGAACCUGGAGCUCGUGCGCCUGCUGCUCGCCCACGGUGCAGAUCCCAACGUGGCGUACCACAACAUAUGCCGCGGGCACCCGCGACAGGCCGACCCCGAAUUGCAUCUGCCGCGGCCGCAGUACGCUUGCGGCCGCCCUGUGUAUCUCGCUGCGGAGCUCAAGUUUGACGCGAUCGUCGAGGUAUUGAUCAGAGGCGGCGCGGACGUUCAUCUCCAGCAUCCCAGAGCUGUGGAAGUGCAGGGUCCUUUUGAGUAUUAUAUGCCUCACAAGUGUUCAGUCGCUGCGAGAAGCGUACAUCUGGAUGUCGUCUCACGCCUGGAGGUCGAGCUUUACAGAGUCACAAAGAAUAAAUUGGAAAGGUAA